GAAUUUUCAAACGACAGUGAAGGCACCAUGGCCGUCAGUCUUCCGCUUGUCGGUUACACACUUGACUGCAAAGCAUGACUGCGUCUGUUGUUGUCCGGAGGUUGGCCGCUCUGUCGGGGGCUUCUGCGGUGGCCGCGGGGGCGUACGGGGCUCACGGUUUCAAAAACAGCGACCCCGAUGACUACCAGAGAGUGCUAUUUGAGACUGCCAACAAGUACCAUUUCUACCACAGCCUGGCCCUGCUGGGUGCUGCCCACUCUAGUAAACCUGCUGUGGCUGGUACCCUCCUGAUAGCGGGCAUGGGGAUGUUCUGUGGCUCCCUGUACCACCAGGCCAUGACAGGGGACCCUGGUCUGCGAAAGAUGGCUCCCAUGGGGGGCAUGGCUAUGAUCGUCGGCUGGCUGGCCAUUAUUCUCUGAGCUCUGACAGGUCACAUCCCUUCCACGGGGCCACUACGUGACACUAAACUGCCCAGGCUGUUUAUGGAUUGAACUGGAGAGCUUGUGAGAGUUGGCUGAGAGGCUAAAAGUGCUGACUUAUGUCACCCCAUCUAAACCACGCCCUGUCCUGGGUGAUGGGUGUCAGCAGGAGAUAAAGUCACUACAGGAUUAUCACUUUUCUACCAUUGCUGUCUGUUUCUGAUUGGUGUCACUGAGUUAAAAUGGAUAGGAAGAUGAAUAGAGCAUGACAUAACAUUUGAAAUAUCAUGUCAAUUGUAUACUGGGCAAGAAUAAGAAGAAUAAGUAAUAUAUGUUGUUGUUUCUUUGUUUUUGCUAUAUUGCCCCCUUACUGCAGUAAAUGCAGUUUCUACAUUUAUGUACAUUUAUAUAGCAUAGGUAUGGCAAAUAUAGUGAAAAUAAAGGAAAGCAAAUGUGAAGGAUUAAUAAAAAUGUAAUAAAUAUUUUUUCCUACA